UACCCAGACCCCGUGAGGCUCAUCCGGCACGGAAUCAAGUGUCUCGAGUGUCACAAGCAGAUCCGCGACCACACGGUCAUGGCGGCACAUUUCCAGAGGACCGCGGAGAAAACCGAGGGGCUGACUUGCCAGGUGUGCCAGAUGCUUCUGCCCAACCAGUGCAGCUUCUGUGCCCAUCAGCGGAUCCACACGCACAAGUCCCCUUACUGCUGUCCGGAGUGCGGAGCCCUCUGCCGCUCUGCCUACUUCCAGACCCACGUGAAGGAGAACUGCCUGCACUAUGCCCGCAAGGUGGGCUACAGGUGCAUCCACUGCGGGGUUGUUCACCUGACGUUGGCCUUACUGAAAAGCCACAUCCAGGAGAGACACUGCCAGGUUUUCCACAAAUGUGCUUUCUGCCCCAUGGCCUUCAAGACUGCCAGCAGCACCGCGGACCACAGCGCCACCCAGCACCCCACCCAGCCCCACAAGCCCUCCCAGUGAGUGCAACUUCAGGGGCAACCGGCCUGUGGGGCAGAGCCCAGUGGCCUGGGUGCUGUUGGGGGAGGUGUCAGGUUGAACCAGGAGCCGGGGCUAAUGGCAGACAUGUCUGGAGUCUCCCGAAGACACCCUGAGGCUGGGGAGUAUCCGCCCUGGCUCAGAGUCCUUUUUCCUAAGCCCCAUCCUGGUUGAGAGCAGAGCGGGCAGAGGGCUAUGGGGUUCUCUCAGCAGAGCCGUGGCCACCUC